AUGUCGAUUCUACUAUUAACUAUCAACAUUUUUCUAAUUCUAUAUACAGUAAAUGUGGCUUCUUCACUAUCAUUAUCUUCAUCAUCAACAUCAUCAAUAAUAAUCGAUAGUGAAAUAGGUGAUAUUAAUGUUGCUAUUCCGUGUCCAAUAGAUCGAAAUAAAUGGUCGUUUCCAACAAUACUUCAAUGGUAUCGAUCAAAUAAUAAUUAUACUAAACCUAUAGCUAGUCAAUUUGAUGAUUAUCCUGUACAUAUCGAUGAUUUCUAUCGUCAUAAAUAUAGUCUUUUAACAAACGGUUCAUUACAUAUUGAUAAUAUUCAAUUAAACGAUAAUGAUACAUUUGAAUGUCGUUUAAUAUUAAUUGAUCGUGGCCUACUUGAUAUAAAAGAUAAAUAUUUUAUUACAUUUCGUGUUAAUGAACCACCACGUUUUAUUAAUCUAUCAAAUUCAUUACAAAUAGCAUCACAUUAUUCAACAGUUAAUUUUAUUUGUCAAAUCUAUGGAGUACCAGUUCCUGUAGUAACAUGGUAUAAAAUUCUUGAGAAAAAUAAACAAACAAUUGAUAGUGAAGAUUUAGAAUUACUUUCAAUUAAUAAUCAACAGUAUACUAUUCAUAAUGUUGAUGAUCGCAUGGCAGGAAAGUAUCGAUGUAUAGGAAAAAAUCGUCUUGCUACAGUACAAAAUGACUUUCAACUUCUUAUACGUGGUUCGAUUUAUUGGCGACGAUUUCCAGAAAGUCAAACUGUUAGAAUCAAUAGUAGUUUGAAUUUAAAAUGUGAAGGUGAAAGUAGUGAACCAUUACAAUAUCAUUGGCUGAAAGAUGAUGUUCUUAUAUCUGAUAUAAUUGCAUCACAAGAUCGUAUACGAACUUAUAGUGAUGGUGUUCUUACUAUAAACCAUAUUCAACCAUCUGAUUAUGGAUUAUAUGUAUGUGUAAUAAGUAUAUUAAAUUCAGCAAGUGUUCGAAGUAAACCUGCAAUUAUUACAGUUAAAUAUCCACCAAUGCCAUCACGUACUCGUCAAAUAAAAAAUUUAACAUUAAUUCGAGGUUCAACAGGUAUAUGUCCAUGUUUACUUGAUUCAUACCCGCCAAUUCAAUCUGUUGCUUGGUAUCGAAAUGGAGUAUCUAUACGUAUUGAACCAAAAGGUGGUGCAUAUUCUAUUAAUGCUGAAUAUAGUUUAGUAAUAAAAUCUGUUGAAGAUAUUGAUGAUGGUAAAUAUUUUUGUCGUGCACAAAAUUCGGAAGGAUUUGGUCAUGAUAGUACAACGUUUUAUGUUGAAACAAAAGAACCAAUUAAAUUUAUUUUACAACCAAAAUCAAUUUAUCAUACCAAUGAACAAGAUCAAUUAACAUUACCAUGUGUUGCUUUUGGUAAUCCACAACCAAAAAUUAAAUGGUUUAAAAAUUCAAAUGAAUUGAAGGAAGUUAAAGAAAAUUUAACGUUCGAAUAUAUUGAUAAAACAGAUCAUGGUGUAUAUGUAUGUCAAGCAGCAAAUGAACAUACAACAACUAAUAUUACAUCAUUACUUAUUGUUGAAAAUACAACUCCACAAGCACCUCAUAAUAUUCAAUACAAACAAAUGUCGUCUAAUCUUGUCAUUUCUUGGGAACCAGGUUAUAAUGGUGGACGAUCUCAACAUUUUUUUAUUUGGUAUCGAAUAUUACAUCCAAGAAAACGUGAUUGGAAUCAAAUUCGUGUAUUACCUAAUAAUGGCAGUGAAUUUACAUUAUUUGAUUUAAAAUUACAAAAAAUAUAUGAAUUAACCAUAGUUGCAGAAAAUAAUUUAGGUUUAGGAACAUUUACUCCUAUUAUUACAAUUGAAUUAAAUACAACGGAAAAUUCAUCAAUAAAUUAUUUACAAUAUUCAUCGAGAACAAAUUUAUCACGACCAUUAUCACCAACUAAUCUUCGUUUAUCUCAAUCAAGAUCAAAUCUUUAUAUAACAUGGAAUCAUCCAGACAAGAUAAAAUUAUCAACAAAUAUUAUUUAUUAUGUUAUACAAUGGCGUUCAACAAUUUUAUUUAAUAAUCAACAAUCACAACAUUCAAUUGUUGUUGAUUAUCCUAUACGUUCAUAUAUAUUAAAAGAUAUAAAACAAUCAAAAUAUAUUGUACAAAUUAUAUCAUAUUCAGAUAAAGGAACAUAUAGUUCGCCUAUUGAAUCACAUAUUGAUAUUCGUUUUAAUUCAAUUCUAGCGUAUAAUGGAUCAAGUCGAAUAUUAAUAAUAUUACUUUGUAUUUUGAUUAUAUUAACAAUAGGAUCAAUAUUUGUAUGUAUAUUUUGUGCAUUAAAAUAUUAUCAUUAUCGAAGAACCUAUUGUACAGAUCUUGAAUGUGAUUCUAAAUGGAAAUGGUGCUGUUUUUCACCUAUUCGAUAUAAAUUAGGUGAUUGUUCUCAUUUACAAGCUGAUAGAUAUCAUGCAAGUCUUCUUAAAUCAAAUGAUCUUGCAACAACACCACUUUAUACUCCUCAUAAUCGAAUACUAUCUCAAACAGAUAAUGGUUUAAUUCGACCAGCAUCACCAGACGAUAAUUGUAUUGAUUCAACAAUAUCCUUAGCUAAAGUUGCAACAAUUCCACGUUGUCGUGAUUCAAUAAUAUCAAAUGGAAUUCCUACACCACAAUUAACUCGUGGUUCUAUAUCCGUAGAUAAUCCACAUGCAUAUGUUUCAUCAGCUCUUACAUUUACAGCUGCUGAUGAAACUAAAAUGACUUCAUUUCUGGAACCAAUUUCAAUUGGCAAUAUUUCACCUGUACUAUAUGGUGAUAUAGAAACUCGUAAAAAUGGUGCUCGUCUUCCACUUGAAGUUGUACCAGAAAUGAAUGAACUUGAUCUCGCCAAUAAUCGAUAUAGUUUUGAACCUUCAUUAUCUAUUUCUCAUCAUCCACAUGCAGUUCAACCUAGUCCUAUCCUUAUUACAUUUGAUUCUAGUUCAUUAAAACGACGUACAUAA